AUGGGUUCGGAACAUUCCACACAAGGACAGCAAGGGCCCCAGGGAGUGCGACCCACCAGCUUCGAUGAUUCGGCAAUUCCUCGUGGAAUGCUCUCCAGAGAUUUGCGCAGGCAGCACACAAUUGCGAAUCCAGGAGGCACCGUGGCGACGUUUACACAUCCUGAAGAAAUAGAAAGACCUGGGUCAACAUCGCCGGGGCCUAGUGUUUGCAGUGAUACGGACUUGCCGUAUAUAAGUUACACGGUUAAUCGGCCAAUAGGAGAUUCACCAAAAUUAACAAAAAACAAACUGAAAUCUCAACAAGCAGCACGCAAGAACCAACCGAUCAAAACAACCCCGAACACGAAAAAAUCCGCGCAUAACAUCGUCGUAGUAAAACCAGCCUUAGUCGGCCCCAACGUCGACAAAGACCCCGACAUCCUACGCCUGCAAAACAUCCCAAUGUUCCUACCGAUAAUGCGCGCAACACUAAACCUCCCCGCUGCAAGAGAUCCCGAAGUUCUGGAGCGAUUAGACCCGGUGCCUCUGCAGAAGUUAUGCUCGCGUUAUCAAGGACACAUGCACACCUGCGCGAAUCUCGUCGCCACCGAACAGAAUGCGCUCACGCUGAAGGUGCGCGAAGUGGACGCCGAUGUGAAUAAAAUGGUCGCGUGGGCUGUGGAGCGACAGAAACACUUUGCGAAGAAUUAUGAUAAACUACGCCGCGUGAAUGAUUUAUCACAUCAUUUGAAUCGAUGCCAUUCGAUGCUUAAUCAGAUAUUGGAGAGUAUGGAGACGUUGAAUAACAUGUUGGAGAUUGAUGAGAGGUUGGAGCCGUUUGUGUGGACUACAGGCUGAUAAUUAAGGAAUCAUUUUAUAUUUUAUGGCUGUUAAUUUAAAGAAUAAUAAAAAAAAUUUCGAUUAA